AUGGAUACGACAGGUCCGCUAGAUGUGUUUCCGGCGCGAGUGCAGCAUAUACCAUUUUCCGAGGCGUUUACGGCGGUCAAGACGGCCUGCCAGGACGGCUCUUGGAAGACGCCGUGUGAGGAGGGGCGAAUUUUGCCGUUUUACGCUGCGAGUCGGGCAAGUGAGCAGGAGGCCGUGACGUUGUGGCUGUACAUUAUGACUCACGUCGCGAACUACCCAACUGAGCACCUCGAUGUCUACGGCCAGACGCCCAUCUUUUAUGCCGCCCGUGAAGGCCAUCUGAACCUGCUGAAGCUCAUGGCUACCGGAACCCACGUGGAGCCCAGUCUGCUCGAACAGGCGGGUGCCCAAGACCCCAAAAUCCAGGCACUGGUCGACAAGCUGAAGGCUGCCGACGAGACCACCGCCGACGAUUCCGACCACGACCACGGCGCCGCUAAGGCUGAACCCAAGGCCGAGACCAAGGCCGAGACGAGGAGCGAAAAGGCCAAACCCGGCGCGCUACCACUCUUCGACCCCGGCUACCUCGACAGCACGAGUCAGACCGCCUUAUUCUACGCCUGUCGCGAGGGACACAACGAGAUCAUCCGGUACCUCGUCACCGACCGGCGCGUGCCGGUAAACCACAUCGACCUCAACGGAGACACGGCCCUCUUUUACGCCGCCCGUGACAACCGGGAAGCAACUUGCAAGCUUAUGGUUGAGUUCGGAGCGGACUGCGGCUUCCGCAACAAGUCCAAGUACUACGCAAGCACCGUGGCAAAAAAAAUGGGGCAUAAACGACUUGCCACCUACCUCGAGCAGUGUCGCAAGACGCAACCGAAGCCGCAAGCUGCGACUCACGAACGUGCGACUCACGAACGUGCGACUCAUGAGCGUGCGACGCACGAGCGUGCGACUCACGAACGUGCGACGCACGAGCGUGCGACUCACCGUGAGACUCACGCUGUGGCGACCAAGGCAGCCAACACAACCAAGGCGGCAGUGGCAAGUGACAGCGAGGACGCGGCCGCCGCCUCGGCCUCCGCGUCUGCGACUUCACCGGCGACGGCGUCAGUGGAGAAGAAGCGGGCGCGGCCGCAGCGCGGAAAACGGAAACACUCGGAGGAGCAGGAGCCGGAACCGGUGCGAGCGAGUCCGAAACGGCGUGCGGUGAAGCAGCAGCCGGUGCCGGUGGCCGAGGAUCGCGACUUGUGUUGUUUGCAGUUCAUGAGUCCGCUCAAGACGUGGUCGCACACACCGCAGUUCAAAGUGCAGGAGUUCGAGUCGAUCUUUCCUGAGCUCGCCGUCUGGGACGGUAUGGGCAGCGCGGCGGCCAAGAGCCUCGAAGGAGACAACCAGCGCAGCCAAUGGCACCGGCUGGCCACAGAUGUGAUGCGCCAUCUCUGCCACGAAGUUGAGAACGCACAUUUCUUCCGCGAACCCGUCGACACCGACCGCUGGAACAUCCCAGACUACCACGAGGUCGUCAAGGAACCUAUGGACUUCGGGACCAUACUCACCAACCUUGAAGUCGGAGUCCAGUACCUAACCAUCCACGAUUUCUUGCGGGACUUGAACUUGGUCUUUGAUAAUUGCAUCCUAUAUAACGGAGGCGACUCCAAUAUUGGGAAAAUCGCCCAGAGCGUGCGGGAAACGGCCUACGCCUACGCAAGGUCCAUCGGUUUACAGGAUUUGGCUGAUAAGGAAGCAGGUGGCGGCAAGCCACGUCGUCAAGGAGGCGGCUUGACCACCAGUUGA